GUUUGGACUGUCGACUUUUUUUCUCUUAUUUUCCCAAUGCGAAUGCGAAUUCGAAAGAAAACAAAAAUCUACAUUCGAAAGAACAUAAAAAUAUUUUCACAGUAUAAAGUCAUAAAACCAUUAAAAUGAAUCCACUGUUUGCAUGUUCGAGAUGUUUCAAACGAUAUCCAUUCGAGGAAAUAUUCGCUUCGUCUAAUGAGGAUAUGUUUUGUGGGGAAUGCCGUAAUGCUACAGCAAAAUCUAAGUGUACUUACUGCAGAUCCGAAUUCCAGCAAACUGGAAAAUCUUCAAAUGCUUGUCCCCGGUGCUUAGCGAACUUGAAAUUAUAUGGAAAACCGUCAGCUUGCUCUUUGUGUUCUAUAAAUGCUGCAUUUAAAACAGAUAAAUGUCACAGAUGCACAUCUUCAGAAUAUAAAUUUGGACCGGCCGUAAAAUGUGAAAUUUGUCAGCAAAUCUGUGCAUUCAACAGAGAAAACCACCGAGUCGAUGGAAAGCUACAUUGUUGGCUUUGCAAGUUGAGUUAUAAGCGAGCAUUAGCAAAAGCUAAAAGUUCUGAAAAUGAUAAACACAGACAAAAAAAACGAUCGGCUGAUGAGGCAGGUCUUAAAUUAGGAGGAAUGCAUAAACUCAGCAACGCAGGAUCAUCGAACAAUAGAAGUGGCAACAAUAGUUCGCAACACUCUAAAUCAAACAUGGGAGAGAUUCCAGAAAAAAUAGCAAAGUCAGGAAACAGUGGAAAUCCUAGUAACUCUGAUCAUAUCGAAGGUGUAGUUGACUUGUCGGUUAUUACACAAUUGCGAGAACAAAUUGCAACGCUACAAAAAAAACUUCAACAAAAAGAUAAUCAACUGCUUCAAAAAGAUAAGGAGAUCACAGAUUGGAAAGGAAAACAUUUCACAAUCGAAACGGAAAUGCGAAAUAAAAUGAAAGAUCAAGAACGACUUUACGAGACGAAACUCGAAGUACUGAACAAGAAGGUUCAAAAUCAGCUUAGAGAAAUUGCUCAACUUUCAAAAUCUCAAAAGCGCAUUGAGCGCACUAUGGUAACAGAGAGCGGAAAAAUUGAAAAACAGAAUAAUAAUAGCAGCAGCGGAAAUGAUUCGCCGAACACCAAUUAGGAUUCUUUUAUUUUUCUAUUAAGCACAUGAACAUAAUAAGGAACAGAACAAAAAAAACUUCCUAUUUUAAUCAAUCUUUUAAAAUAGAUGAAAUAUAUGAUUUAGAUUACUUAUAAUGUAACUUUUCAUUUUAAAUCACUCAUGCGUUGUGUAACAUCAACGAUUGAUAAUCUCUCUUAAAUAUCUCUUCUACAUAUUUUCAAGUUCUUGAACAUAAUUGUUGAAUUUCGCAAAAUUCUCAGAAAUAAAUUUUGUUGGGGAAUUCUAAAAACGAUUUCUAAUCUUAUCUCUUCGCUUUGCAUGUUAAAACCAAUGAAAAAUUUUUUGAC